CCAGGAACUUGAAGUCUCUGUAAGCUAGCCUAAAGUGACGGAGCAAGACUCUGUUUCCACAAAAUAAAAAAUCUGUUGAUGGAAUGCUGACUGCUCAAUAUCUGACCUUUAGAAUCAACCAAUUGCCACAGAAGAAAAGUCAAAGAAAUUCAAAAAGAAGCAACAGGGGAAGCGCAGAAGCCAGGGUGAAAUCACCAAGGAACGAGAGGAUGAGUGUUUCAGCUGUGGGGAUGCUGGCCAGCUUGUGUCCUGUAAGAAGCCUGGCUGCCCAAAAGUUUAUCAUGCAGACUGUCUCAAUCUGACCAAGCGACCAGCAGGAAAAUGGGAGUGUCCUUGGCAUCAGUGUGACAUCUGUGGGAAGGAAGCAGCCUCCUUCUGUGAGAUGUGCCCCAGCUCCUUUUGCAAACAACAUCGAGAAGGCAUGCUUUUCAUUUCCAAACUGGAUGGGCGUCUGUCUUGUACUGAGCAUGAUCCUUGUGGGCCCAACCCUCUGGAACCAGGGGAGAUCCGUGAGUAUGUGCCUCCUGUACAGCUGCCUACAGGCCCAAGCACUCACCCAGCAGAGCAGUCAUCAGGAGCGACUGCUCAGGAGCCCAAGAUGUCAGAUAAACCACCUGCUGACACUAACCAGAUGUUGUCACUCUCCAAAAAAGCUCUGACAGGAACUUGUCAGAGGCCACUGCUACCUGAAAGACUUCUUGAGAGACCUGAUUCUAGGACCCAGCCUUUAGAUAGGGUCAGAGACCUUGCUGGGUCAGGGACCAAACCCCAAUCCUUGAUACCCAGCCAGAGGUCACUGGACAGGCCGCCUGCAGGACCAAGACCGCAGCUAUCUGACAAGCCCUCUCCAGUGACUGGCCCAAGCUCCUCACCCUCAGUCAGGUCCCAACCACUGGAAAGACCUCUGGGGAUGGCUGACCCAAGGCUGGAUAAAUCCAUAGGUGCUGCCAGCCCUAGGCCCCAGGCACUGGAGAAAACCCCAGUCCCCACUGGCCUCAGACUUGCGCCGCCAGACAGAUUGCUAAUUAGCAGCAGUCCCAAACCCCAGACUUCAGACAGGCCCUCUGACAAAUCCCAUGCCUCUUUGUCCCAGAGACUCCCACCUCCUGAGAAAGUACUAUCAGCUGUCGUCCAGACCCUGGUAGCAAAAGAAAAAGCACUGAGACCUGUGGACCAGAAUACUCAAUCCAAAAAUAGAGCUGCUUUGGUGAUGGAUCUUAUAGACCUAACUCCUCGUCAGAAGGAACGAGCAGCUUCUCCUCAUGAGGCCAUAGCACAGGCUGACGAGAAGAUGCCAGUGUUGGAGUCGAGUUCAUGGUCUGCCAGCAGAGGCCUGGGACCCAUGCCACGAGCUGUUGAGAAAACCAGCAUGUCGGAUUCUCGUCUCCAGCCACCUGGGAAAGCAUCAGCCCCUUCAGAGCACUCCUGGCAAGCUGUUAAGUCACUUACCCAGGCCAGACUGCUUUCUCAGCCUCCUGCCAAGGCCUUUUUAUAUGAGCCAGCAUCCCAGGCCUCAGGAAGAGUUUCUUCAGGCGCUGAGCAGAGCCUAGGGCCUCCUGUUCAACCUUUGGGCCUCGGGAAGCAGGCGAAGCAGAUGGUUGGAGGCCAGCAACUAUCUGGACUUGCUGCCAAGAGUGGACAGACCUAUAGGUCUCUGGGGAAGACCUCAGCCUCCCUCCCUACUGAAGAGAAGAAGUUGGCAACCACAGAGCAGAGUCCCUGGGUCCUGGGAAAAACCUCACCGGGGGCAGGGCUCUGGCCUAUGGUGGCUGGACAGACACUGGCACAGUCUUGUUGGUCCACUGGGAGCACACAGACAUUGGCACAGACUUGCUGGUCUCUUGGAAGAGGGCAAGACCCCAAACCAGAGCAAAAUACACUUCCAGCUCUUAACCAGGCUCCUUCCAGUUACAAAUGUGCAGAGUCAGAACAGAAGUAAUACCAGUAAAUAUCACAUGAACAGACAUGCUGCCCCCAGGGUACCAUUUGGGAAGGGGAAAUCUUUUCUUUCUUUUUCCCCCUUAAAAAACAGAUCUAUCCCAUACUUUUCCACUGUUAUUCUUUUCCUUAUACCCCAACACUCAGAACUCUUAAGAUAUCAGUCAGUAGGGGGUUGUGUGAACCAUGAAUGAAAAGUGGGCCCCAGGCAAGGAGAGAAAAAGAUUUCGGUCUCUUUUUUCCCCAACUUUUUUACACAUGGUCAAUGUGAAAUAAAAGUCCACUCUGGA